AACGAAUUGUUUGAUAUGAAAAUUUUUUACCGCCGAGAAAACAUUUCUGCUCACCGGAUGAAUUUCGAAGUUCAAAUUUGUCAUAUUUCUGAUCAGGCAAUCGUGGAUUGGCAAUACAGUUAACUGUACCAGGAAGGUAGAGCAUCAAGUAAAAAAAAAAACAGAAAAAAGUUGCAGUAUUGUCUUUUGAAUUUUCCUGGAAAAAGAGAAAAAGAAAAAGGGAGGAAAUGAGAUUGUUUUUCUCUUUUUUUCUUUUUUUAAUGUUUAGUUCCUUUUUCUAUUAUGGCUGAAAAGGAAAUUGGAGAAUCAGGUAAUGACAGUUUAGUGUUAAAUGGUUGUUAGUGGGUAUUAGGUACGGUUUUAUACCUUGUGAAGAUCGAAGAACUGCAGCAUUUGAGAUUUAACAGCAAUUGAGCUUAAAUACUGUACUAGUACUAAUUUGUGGAAAAAGAAAAUGAACGGUGGAGGAGAAGAAGCCUCACCAUCUUCAUCAUCAGCGUCAACUUCCAAUUCAACAUCAGACAUUUUGCAGAGAUGGAAAGAGAUUCAAUAUUCGCUUAAGCAGAGAUUGAUCACUGAGGAUGAUUUCGCAUGGAAGUUACCCGCAUCAUCCAGUGGUGAAGAAGCUGAUCAAGUGGUCUUAAAGUAUAUUGGUGGGGUUGACGUGAGCUGCUUGAAGGAAGACCAAUCCAUUGCUUGUGGGACACUUGUUGUUCUGGAUUUUCAAACUAGUAAAGUCGUGUACCAAGAUUCUGCUCAUGUCAAGCUUCAUGUUCCUUAUAUUGCUGGCUUCCUGGCUCCAGUACUUCUACAGCUUCUUGAAAAGAUGAAAAACAAUAAUAGUACUUACUACCCACAGUUGGUAAUGGUUGAUGGUAAUGGAAUACUACAUCCUCGAGGCUUUGGCUUGGCUUGUCAUCUAGGCGUUUUGGCUAAUCUUCCCACCAUUGGAAUUGGAAAAAAACUGCACUGUGUGGAUGGCCUUACUGAACGUGGAGUGAGAAAAUGUCUUCAGGACAAAGAAAAAAGUGGUGAAACUUUUAUUACUUUGACAGGACGCUCUGGGCGCGUAUAUGGAGCGGCAAUGAGAUCAACUGAGGGCUCGGUGAAACCUAUAUUUAUAUCAAUUGGUUUCCGUAUAUCACUUGACACUGCCAUUGAAAUUGUUAAAAUGACCUGCAAGUAUCGUGUGCCAGAGCCCAUCCGACAGGCUGAUAAAAGAUCGAGGGGUUAUGUCCAGAAUCCUCAACAAAUAUUGAAACAAUUUAAUUGUUUGAAUCUGGAACCAAGAGCAUCUUGGAAAACUCUCACUGGUAAUCAUCUCUUCAGUGACUCGAGUGAAAACCCUGGUGAAGGGCAAAAUGGCUUAGCUGAAAUAGGCCCAGGUACAUUGCAAGGGAGAAGUAGAGGCCAAGGGAGAGGAGGGGGACGAUGGCAAGAAAAAAGAGAAGUUGAUAAGGGAGGGAAAGGACAGAGAGAGCAAGAGAGCGGACAAAUUAAGAAAAUAGAGGAAGCAAAGUCUAAUGGGAGAGGAUAUGAUAGAGGUAGGGGCAAAGGAAGAUUUAUAGGGCAAGGUAGAGGAAGAGGGCGGUGCAACUGGGAAAACAAUCGUGAGUAUGCCUGGGUACGAAAGGAGUUGCAUGAUUGAAAAGGGAUAGCUUUUAUGCCAUGAACUUAACUUAAAUGAUGUUGUUCUUGGAUUCAUUAGAUGGAAUUGCAGGGAGAGAAUUCAAAGAUUAUAGUUCCUCAAUUCUUGCAACAUCUGCUUCAAACUUUUGUUUGAUCUUUUAUCUUGCGCUCUCUCUCUCGCUCUCUCUCUCUCUCUCUCUCUCUCUCUCUUGCAGGGAUAUCGUUUUCCACAUUGUACGCCAUUGUGAUUGUAAAAUAUUGUGUUCUUCACAUUUUAGAUUCUUGGAAAUUUCAUAACAUUGUGUUGUGAAAAAACAAAAUCGUGUUGGCUUGAGUGCAGGUGAGAGUGUGUAUAUUGGAAAGAAUUGUACUUAUUCCAGAUCCAUUCUGUGUUUCCACUUUCCGUGGUGUAUCAAACUUUUAUCGUAACAUAUAAUUAUAUAAAGAUCUUAUAAGAAAUUGAAAUA